CUCGAUUGUCAGUGGAAGCGGGUUAACUGGACUGGCUUCGUUAAUCGGUCCACAACCCACGAGUUCAGGUAAAACAUGGACCUCAACUUGACCAUAGACACCAACUUCACUAAUACCACUCACGAAAAUGAAACGGAUCAUGCCACAGGAGAAAGAAAGUCGCAUAACAUAGUCCUCAUUUUGUUUGUGUUCGGCAGCUGUGCCAUUGGUGCGGCUGUUCGGCAGCUAGUUUGCAUCAUAAAACCGAAGUUGCCAUAUACGGUGGUGUUACUUCUGCUAGGUGUCGUGUUGGGAGUUGGUUCCAGAUCUAUUCAUGCUGUUGAAAGAUACUUGACGUCACACAUAGCUGCUGCUGAUCCACACAUCAUUUUGUUUGUAUUUCUACCAGUGUUGAUUUUUGAGUCAGCAUUUGCAAUGGAGUAUCAUACAUUUAAGAAGUCAUUCUUUCAAGUGUUAAUUUUAGCUCUCCCAGGCCUAGCUUUGGCCGCUUUCUUGACUUGUAUUUUGUGCGUUCAGAUGUUUAAUUAUGAAUGGGACUGGAUAAUUGGUAUGAUGUUUGGAAGCAUUUUGAGUGCCACAGACCCAGUGGCUGUUGUUGCCAUCCUCAGAGAAACUGGUGCUUCCAAGCAGCUUGCCAUGGUAACUGAAGGAGAAUCCUUGUUUAAUGAUGGUGCAGCCAUUGUUCUUUUCAAUGUGUUUUUUGACCUAGCGGUCAAAUCAGGUGGUACAUCAGCUGGAGCCAUUAUCAUCAACUUUUUGCGUGUCGCAGUCGGAGGUCCAGCAUUUGGCUUUUUGAUGGCGGAGAUCACAAUAUUUUGGCUGUCCAACAUUUUCAAUGACACUAUUGGUGAAAUAACGAUCACUCUUUCCUCAACAUACCUUACAUUUUACAUUGCGGAAGAGUUCUGUGAAAUUUCUGGAGUGCUGGCAGUUGUUGUACUUGGCAUUAUUAUUGGGAGUAAGAAGACCUGCAUUAGUCCUGAGGUUGAAUUGUUCUUACACAGAUUUUGGGAGAUGCUUGCCUAUCUAGCCAAUACACUUAUCUUCAUUCUAGUAGGAGUGGUGAUUUCUGAUCGGGCUCUCUUUAAAGUUCACGGUGUUGACUGGUUUUACCUGGUUGCCCUCUAUUUUGGUAUUAAUGUCAUCAGAGGCAUUGUAAUUGCUCUGCUGAGUCCUAUAUUAAUCCGGAUUGGCUAUGGCAUGCCAUGGCGCGACGCAAUCGUGAUGACCUGGGGAGGCCUGCGUGGGGCAGUGGGUUUAGCACUUGCCCUCAUUGUGGUGGAGUCAGAACAGCUGGAAUUAGAAAAAAUCCGGAUAAAGGUUUUUAUUCAUGUGUGCGGCAUUGUGUUCCUCACUCUGAUGAUUAACGCAACCACAAUCACGUACCUUCUACAGGUGCUUGGUAUGAGAGACAUAUCUCAAGCCAAGAAAAUGGCAAUGGAUAGUGCUUUAAGAUUUCUGGAAGAACAACAGCAGAAAACUCUCAAUGUUUUGAAAACUGACAGAUUUUUGGCAGAUGCUGACUGGGAGGAAGUUGUUAAAACUUGUGAGAUUGGAGAUCCGUAUCACUCAUCCAAAGAUGAGCUUCUUGUGACUAGUGACAGUCUGGACAUUCGGCCAGAUCUUACUUGUCCCGAGUGUCAGUGCUAUCUGCCUUCACAACCCACAAAGAAAGAAUUGCUGGAAAUGACCAAUGAAGCAAUUUUAAGAAUUCUCAAAGCUGAAAAGUUGAGCUAUUGGAGACAGUUUGAACAGGGCAUGUUGUCACGUGAUGCCUUACAGAAACUGGAUGAAUGCACUGAAGUGGCCACUGACAAGCCAGGAACAUUUAUUGAUUUAGAAGAAGUGAAAUCUUCUUGGAAUGUUUCCAGAGUGUUACUUAAGUUGAAAGCAGUCCUUAAAACAGGGUGUCGUAAGAGACCAGUCAAGGUAAUACCACCCAAGGCACUGAGUGGUCUGUUUCAUUUUAUCAUGAGAAAGGAGGUGUACUACUUUAUCUAUGCUGUGAUUCUCCUUGAUUGCGUGAACACCACUGUUUCGAUUGUAGCGGAGUAUGUUCCACUCCUGCAAGACGAUAGGAAUAUUUUGCACAUAAUCAAUCUGGUGUACGUCAUCAUCUAUACAGCAGAAGUAGUGCUAAAGUUAAUCACCCAGCAGAAGACUUUCUUUCAGAUAAUCUGGCAGAACAUCAGUCUUGCUAUAGUCAUCCAUGGCAUUGCGGAUGCUGUAUUACAGUUCGCUGUGGCAUCACAGAACGAUGGCACCAACAAAGUGGUGAAAAUCACGGUGCUUGUCAUGAUUGUAACUAGGUCCAUCAGGCUACUGCGGCUGGUGGAGCUAAUGAUGCCCUGGAUGUUGCUGAUGGUGAAGCGGAGAAUAAUGAUGCACUUGAGUUAUGGCUUCGACUUGGGUCGUGGCUUCGUCAUUGGAGAAGAGGAGGUGCGCAAGCUUAUUGAUCACGUGGUGGACAACAAAGACAUCGCCAGACAACUGAAGAACCGCUCUGACAAAAAUAGACUGGAAGUUAUCAGGUGUUUAGCUCUACUGCAGAAACAACAUCCCGAUAUUGCACUGGCCGUGAAGACGCGCCAGGCUACCCGGAGUGUACUGAACAGUCUGAGAGACAGUGCCAAGAAGCUUUGUGAGGAAGGCAUCUUGGAGGAUUCAGAAGCAGAUAAACUGCAAAAGAUGAUAGAAGUAAAGAUGAAGCAAUUGCUGAAUGCACCACACAGUAUCACUCCACCCACAGUGGAUAAUGUUCUGCGGUGUGCCGCAUGGCUACAGAAUGAUCCAGAUGUUAUUAAGUUCAUGAAGUCAAGAUCCCAGAUCGUCAACUACCACUUUGGUGAAACUAUCAUGAAUCAAGGAGAAUCAUCAAAUGGUAUAUGUACCAUUGUAUUUGGACUUGUAAGGAUCGAGGUUAGUUCACCUGAACAAGAAAACAAGCUGGUGGAUUUCCUCACAACUGGCAGUAUAAUUGGGGAAAUGGGUCUUCUGACCAAGAAACCAAGAGUUGCAUCAGUUCGCUGUGAAACAAAUGUUCAGAUGCUGUUUCUUAGCAAUGAAGACAUGGAGGAAGCAAUGUUGAAGUUUGCACACCUCGAACCUCCACUUACGUACAGACUGUGGAAAGUGUGUGGUGUCCGCUUAGCUACCGGAAUUCUCAUGGCUCAGCCUGAGUAUCAUGGCUUAUCAAUAGACAAAGUGAAGAUACGCCUUGAGAAUGCCUACAUUGUAGAAGUAAUAGAGACGUUCUUUAAGGAUAACACUAUGUCUGACAUUAUUCUAAUCAACGGUACUGUUGAAGAUACCACUGGAUAUGAGUAUAAGGCACCAAGUUACAUUCUUUCCAGCGUGCAAAGUCUUCAUGCAGUGCAAGAGGAUGGUCCAAUUCCAAUACUGCUGGUAGUUCCGAACAUAGAAUUCCUUCUAAUGACAGGUAGAAGAGAAUCAGUAUCUCAUGCAGGUAGAAGAGGAUCAGCGCGAUCAGCUUUACAUGUAGUUGAUAGUCGUCAGAAACGAUUCUUAGCACACCCACAUCCCACAGACAACACACAGGCUGAUGACAAGGAUAAUGUAGGAGAAAUGAGCAAUCCGUCAAGUGAAAGGAAAACAUUGCCCACUGAGACAACGGACCGGCGGGGUGUCCGACCCAAUGAACGGAACAAAAGUAACUCCAAUACUGUUGGCAUUUCUGCUGCCAUUUCUGACCAGCACGAUGUCAGCAGCAGCAAUGCAAUGGGUCUGUAUGGCAGAGCCUACGGCCACAGUGAGAGCUGUAGCCGUCACCGCUCUAGCAUUCGACAGGACCAAGUCAGUAUAUUGCCCACUAUCUACCAAGGUGAGUGGGAUGACUCUUUCGCAUGUUACACUGAACCCAUGAUGCAGCCUGGCGACCCUGUUCUAGCAGCAUCAGAUAAAGGUGCCCACCUUCAGGGUACCUCCAACUCUGAUGGCAUGGAGAUGAAAAACAGAAAGGCAAUUGUCAAGUCUGAUCAGAUGGAAAAUAGACAUUCAAAAGCCAAGUCUAAGAGUUCAUUGGCCAAGUUCUUGUUACCAUCGAACAGGAGUCACUUUAAAAAGACAAAGGCAGUUAACAGUUCAUCUGAUGCCAAGACAAAUGUCACUGAUGGCAAAAGUAGCUCAGAAAUACAACUUUUGAGUCCAGUCAAAUCUCCAACAUUAGACAGAAGUGGAGAGGAGAAUACCUCAUUUGUAGAAGAGUCUUCUCAUAUGUGAGGUUUCUCAUUACAUUAAGCUGAGAAAAAUAUGUAAUAAAUUGAAAAGAAGAAAAUUAUGUCCAUGUGUUUUUUAUGUCCAUGUAGAGCACUAUAAUUUUUUUUUAUUCAUAACAGAUUUAGUUUGUUCUUACAAGCUGCAAUAUUUAAAUUAUCACCACACAUUUCAAACAGAUGUAUAAUCUUUAUUUUGCAUUAUGGCUAUGUUUACAGAAACUCUACUUGUAUUAAUGUCAAUUUAAGACCAUUAGGUAUAAUAUAAUAUGUUAACUAAUUGCAUAUUUAAUGUUACACUGUUAGGAUUUGCUUUCAAUGUUCAGACAAGGAAAUCUAUUUAGUUUUCAUGUAAGCAUGGCAUUCUUCAGCUUCUAAAAAGACCAGCAAAUUAAUAAUUCUGCUAAAACCCACCUUGAUGUUAACAAUAGUAUUUCCAUAUGCAUAUGACAGAGAUAACUGAUCUCCACUGAAAAUAUCAAUCAAAUUUAUAGUAAUAAUGCAGGGAUCUGAUUUUGUACAACUGGAUGUAUUCUGGUAGGAAAGCAAUAACGCUAAAAAUGUAUACAAGAGUUAGGCUUAUUGUGUGUUUUAUAGCAACCUUGCACAUGCGAUAGCAAUAACAACUAAAAAUUGAGUGGUGCAUUUUCACUGGAGUUCUGUGUAUCAUCUUUGACCAAAAAAGCAUUGUGAUGCUACUAAAUAUUUUUCUCUUAAAUUGUUUUGUUUGUGGCAUGUUCAAAAACUUUAUAAAAUUAUAUUUCAAAAUAGUGACAGUAAUUUUUACUGGCUUUGCUAGUCAGCAUAAUUUCUUGACAGUGGUGAUACACAAAUUUAUUAAUGGUGUCAGUCAGGUUUAUCUUUGGUUGGGGAGGGAUAAGACUUGGUAUUAGAAGUCAAUUUUGGUAGACAUGAAAAUCCUCUGAACCUUUCCAAAUUUCAAUUGUAACACUAUCCAAAGACUGUCCUAGUUCUUGGAUGAAAAGCUUAUUGUGACAUCAUUUUUUUUAAUAGCCUAGAGUUUUCUAGAUUUUUUUUUGGGGGGGGGGUUCCAUUAUCAUUUUUGUCUUUUUGUAAUACUUCUGUAAUUAGGCAUUUAUGUCAGUUUGAUAAUCAGACUCUGUUACAGUUGUUUGAAUAUACAAGUUUUUUGUGAAUCCAUAAGUAAUGAAAAUAAUGUGUUUGCCGUGUCUCUGUUUCCAUGCUAUCCGUGAAGUGUACGUGAUCCGUGUGCAUGAAUUUGGAAUCACUUUUCAAGUGAUUUUUCACGGAUCAUAGAAUCCCACAAGAAAUGAUGUCAUAUGGAAGAAAGCAUCAUCAUCAAUAUGGGCAAGAAGUUUAAACUGACCGAUGUUUCUUCUUAUUGUGUCCUUUCAAAAUUAAUUUUGGUCAUUAUGUCAGAAAUGAAAAUGAUCAACAUGGAAAACGAAGUGUAGCUUUAAGGAGAUAUAUCAUCCUCCGACAGACAUUCUUUACAAUGUAAAUUUUGUGUAUGGGUAAUAAAACCACAUUCUUAAGUGUGUAUGUCAAGAAUAUAUUUAUGCAGGUUUGGUCACCAGAAAAUAUUAUAAAUAACUAUAUCUAUUUUCUAUUAAUCUGAAAAUUAUGUAUUUUCUGUAUUUGCUUAUGUAUAUUCACACAGUUAGAUUACAUUUACACUUGUUAGAUAAACUGCUGGCACUUUGUUGUUACCACUGGAUUAUACCUAUGGUAUAUUAUGACACGUUUUUCAUAAUAAAAAAUAUACAUCAGGCAGCAUUUUCAGCAAAGUAAUAAUUUAAUUACCUAUAUGAUCUAAACUGCUUUAAUAAAAUUGUAUUAGUUUACCAGGAAAAAAAACAAAUGUAUAAACUUACACAGCAUUCUUGAUUUUCUUCUCAGGAGAGUAUAUAGAUAAUAUGUCCAACUGCUACAUUUAUCAGAAGUUUAUAUAUUUUUCUGUUGUUGGAAGAAAAUCCAUGACAUAAUCAGGCAAAAUGGGUUAGUGCAACAACACUAACCCAUUAAUUAAUGUUUUGCCAUGCAUUCAGUUGAUGCCAGUACUCUAUGGUGUCAGCCUGUUUUUUGGUGCUUAACAUUAAAUGAAUGUGAUAGGAACAGUCAAUAGUUGGUGGAAGGAAAUGUUUUAUUUAAUGACACACUCAACACAUUUUAUUUACGGUCAUAUGGCCUCAGACACAUGGUUAAGGACCAC